CCACCUCUUUUCCUCUCUCUUUCUCAUUCUUGUUUUCUCAUUUUCCUCUAUUUUUUCUUUACAAACCCACCAUUUCUUUCUCAUCUCAUCUUGUUUUCUUCAUUCAUCUUUUGUUAAAGAGGUGGUGACUUUAGAUCUGUUGCUUCAUCUGCUGAUGUUUUGCAGGUCUGCUUAGUGGUGAAGUUUGAGACCCCGCUGUCACUACAAUACUAUCUUUGUCUUUUGGAGAUUGUGAAUAUAGAGUAUAGGCCUAAUGCAAGGGCAACGGAGUGCCAUCGGAUCCCUGCCAGAAACUUUGGGUUUUACUCAUGGUUCAACAUCGACUGAUGGGGGUAUAGAUCAGCAGAUAUGUUGGAAUAAUUUGCGGAAUCCUGCACAAAGUCGGCUACCAGAUUAUAUGGUACCUUCUAAUGAGACAACCAUACAAUUUCUUAGUCAUGCAAACCAAGAAAGACAGAAUGUAAUUGGAUGGAAUUUAGGAGAAUCCAGCUCCUCCAAUACACAAAAUAGUGUUAGUCGUAGUGAAAAUACUACAAUGAGUGCCUGUCCUGGGACUUCUCACUUCUCUGCUGAACAGCAUUAUGGGUCUUCCAAUAUUCUUUCAUUGGGUGAUGUUGAAAUAAAUUUGAAUAACCAGUUAGCUGACAACACUUUAUUUUCUCAAGCUUCUACUUCUAGCACUGUUCCAAAUGAACUAAAUAGGAGUGCUGGACAUGAGGGGCAUGAUGGCGAUGAAGAUGACGACGAUGACUGCCAAGUGAUGGAGUGCACCCCAACAUUCAAGUCUAAUGGACCAGGAAAAGAACGGAUGUCAACCGCCAGUACUUCUUCUGAUCCCCUUGCUGGGACUUCUGCAACUAAUGGGUUUCUGAGGGAUGAAAGUGAUGGCAGACCAGGCUGUACACUGGAUGGUCGACGCAUGGCUUGUAAGAGAAAAGCAGUUGAAGGACAUCUGGGGCAAUCUUCGGGAAGUGGAAGUCCAGAUUAUCUUCUAAACAGCUUAUGGCGUUCUAUACCUGCUCCAAAUAAUGUGACUGCAGGUGCUAAUAGCCCUGCACCAACAGAAAGUAGAAGAAACAUCAGUUUGCCAGUGCCGGGAAAUCCAAGACUUGGGCUCGCCAUGGGUGGCACCACUAUGGAAGGUCCUGUUGCAGUGCCUGCUUCAAGAAGAGCAGAAAGUUACCGUAGAAAUUUCAGGCUGAGGAUCAAUGGCUCUCAUCAGCAAGUUCCUAUUCCUGGUAAUACGUUUCCUACUGUGGGUAAUGAUAGAAAUGUUACCAUGUCUGACUGGGACGCAUUGAGGCUGCUUCCUAAUGAGUCUUUGGAUUCGAGGUCCGUGUCUGCUGCAGAUAAUGUAAAUCCCCGAAGCCAACCAGUUGUGGGGCCGGUUCCUUCUCUGCGACGAAGUGCACAGAGGUGGGAUUCAUCAAGUUCAAGAGCUGGCAGUUCAUCAAGUUAUUCUGUUUUUGGUGAGAGGAAUUCUGCAGCAUAUGAACAACCAAGCUCAAGAACUGUGCCCAGAAACAUUUCGCAGCAUCCAAUGUUCAUACCCGCUAGUGACUUGAGAAAUUUGAACCAAAAUCCUGUCAACUGGGGUUUAGCUGGUGGAAAUAUUUCCAUUGCUGGAAAUGUUGCAUCUGCUUCUCGGAGUGGUCCUAACUCAGUAGCCCCUUCCUCUUCUCCUGGUUGGGUGGAACACAGAAAUCCUCAGCAAUAUCCUCGACGACUCUCAGAAUAUGUUCGUAGAUCUAUGUUGUCUGCAGCUGUCAGUGAACCUGGAAGUCACAAUGGUAACACUCCGCCACAUUUGAGUUCUGCUGCCUCACAGGAGAUGGGGCUUUCUGGCCAUCCCGGGCAUCGUCCAUCAAGUUCGAGGUCAGCAUUGUUGUUGGAGAGACAACUCGAUGGUGCAAUGGGAGUUCCAUAUUCCUGGAGGACUUUGGCUGCUGCCGGUGAAGGAAGAGGCAGGCUAGUUUCCGAGCAGAUUCGCAAUGUAUUGGAUCUAAUGCGCAGGGGAGAGAGCUUAAGAUUUGAGGACGUUAUGAUCCUUGAUCAGUCAGGGUUCUUUGGGAUGGUGGAUAUUCAGGAUCGCCAUCGCGAUAUGCGUCUUGAUGUUGAUAACAUGUCCUAUGAGGAAUUACUUGCGCUUGAGGAGCGCAUCGGGAAUGUCUGCACUGGGCUGACUGAAGAAACCAUUUUGAAUCGUCUGAAGCAACGGAAGCAUGUACGCAUUAGAACAGAAGAAACCAAGGAUGCUGAGCCAUGCUGUAUUUGUCAGGAAGAAUACAAGGAUGGUGAGGAUCUUGGGAAGCUGGAUUGUGGCCAUGAUUUUCAUGCCAACUGCGUUAAACAAUGGCUCAUGCAGAAGAAUUUGUGCCCAAUUUGCAAAACAACAGGACUCAAUACUUCAGGAAAGCAUUGAUCCAUGGAAGUUGGAUGUUCCGGUUGGGCCAUGGAAGGUUGACACAAAGCGUGUCUACGCGUUUGGUCCAUGAGUUCAUUUUGAGAAAGAUCUAUGUAUUUUUCUCAUUAAUUUUAUUGUGACCUCUGCUUAGAGGAGUUAUUUUAGAGAUAGAAGAAGCACUAGCUGCAAUUAGGGGCAUUAGGCAAGAGUUACAUUAUUUGGUUGUUUGGAAAUUUACAAUCUAACUUUCCAAUUUAUUGAUACCUUUGAAUUUUUUUGGUUAA